ACUAAUGUGCAGCAUCUCGCAAUUUCCACAUGCUAGCUCCAUCGGUAUCAAGCAAUGGCCUACCCUACGGCAGCGAUGGAGUCAGGUCUGAUUGCAAUUGCUCUAAUCAUCAGAUCUCGAGAUGGCCCACGCUUUGUAUUUCACUACCCUCCACACCCUGAUACCAAAACCUCCAAACGAAGAGGCCUCUACGGAACUGAGCUCGACGAAAGCGAUUCGGAAGAUGAUGCACCGCAAAUCGACAACUCAGAUCUCGAUGAUGGGAACAUCCUCGCUCAUAAAGCUCACAAGCUAGAUCUGAGCGAUUCCGCAGUGACAGAGCCUAAAGAUCACGUGGAAUCUGUAGAGGAAGAUCUCGAUGAGCAUUAUGACAAUCCCUCUGGCGAGCAUGUUGUUCCCUGGGAACAUCUAUUUGAUUUCCAUACGACGGACUUGGAGAGUAUCCUGACGCCGUCGAGGGCUUAUCAUAAAAAGAAGUUCGAGCUCUCGUUGGAUCCGCUGUAUUUUGUUUCCUGCCCUAUGCAUAUCCGUCCGGAUGGGCUGUGGAAUAAAAGGAAGCCGAAGAAAUCUAGGAAACCUAAAGUUACUGAUACCGAGACGGUGGUUUCAGGGAAAUCCAGGUCAAACCAAAGUGAAAGUAAGGAUAAGUCUGGCACUGCUACGCCGGCAGAGACCAUUUCAGAGGAUGGAGAAGAUCAUGGUGGGAUGACGAUGUUCAAUAUGGUGUUCAUUCUCAAUGUCCCGAAGGAUGAAGCAGAUGAGCGUAUUGCUACUAUAUAUGACCAUGUCAUCAAAAAGCUCAAUAAGGCUCUAAAGCAUGGUCAAGCGUCUGCAAAUUAUGUGUGGAAAGAGUCCGAGAUGAUAUUGUUGAUGAAGGAGAAAGCUCGUGAAGAAAGACGUCCCAUGAGCUGGCUGUGGAGUGAGGUUCUACUCAAAUCCACCUUGGCUGCUACGAUGCGAGACGUGUUCACUUCGAUAUCGAAAAACAAGAUUGCUACUUUCCGCAUCGGAAGUAAACCACCAGAGGACAUCUCACUUCAAAUCCCGGUUCCCUCAUUCUUAGUGAGUAUCCCAAGUUUCGCAGAGAGAGGAGUACCCGGUCUUCUUCUCACAACUGCAAACCCGUAUAUCGAUGAGGAAGGAGUUGAGGACCCAGCAUAUAUCAACAAACACUUCGCACUUCUCCUCCUCGACGAUGAAAGUAAGAUCAUCUCUGAGAUCCAAAAUGACGACACGGAACUCUCAGCACCUCUGAUAGAAUGCAUACGAAUCUGCAAGCCAACACUUUCCUUCCUCCAAGUCGCUCAAGCCCAUUCCAUAGAAAUAGGCAGUCUCCUCAUUCUUGCCAACCACUUAAUGCAAUACCGCCGCGCAGUCGCAAUCCCACCUCUCCAUCCCCGAGAGAUAUAUAUCGUCUCCCCGAACUGCGACAACCGCAAGUUACCAGUUGCGAGCAUCGCCUGGAAGAAAGCCUUUCCUCUUGCUCCAUCCCUCUCAAGUUUUCUCGCAACCCUCUCGCUCGUCCCACGCCCAUACAAGAUCCACGCGCCUAGCAAAGAUCACAGGCCAACCUACUUGGACAUGCUCGCCUGGCUGAUCCGUGGCGGUUGGGUCACCCAGCUACGUACUUUCGCGUGGAUCCUCGUCUGGCCAGAGAUAAUCUACGAAGUGGAAUAUCAACUCCGUGCGGAAGCUGUCGAGAAAGCAAAAAAAGGCAUCAAGUCGAACAACGGAUCCAGCGAGUCGACAGGUUCAACGGACGAUUCCGGCCCGGAUAAAGGCAGCGACGUCGAUCCCAGUGCACCAUUAACCACCGAGCAGGUAGCUGAAAACGCCCGCUUAGAACGCCUCGCCUCCAAAGUCGCUAAAGCCGCCGCUGAAGAUGCUGCAGAGUUCUCGAAGAUGCCUAAACCUGAAGCUACGGAUAAUCCUUCGAAAAACACGGCGGAGCAUCUGAAGAGCAUAAGCCCGUACAUUAUCAAGGAUCCGCACAAAGUGAGCCAUGAAGAGAGUCUGUAUAUUGCGGCUUUGGGGAAGAGGUUCAAGGAGCAGAAAGUGAAGGAGUGUUGGUUGAGAUUUGUGAAGUAUUUUAAUGGGACGGAGGCGCUGGAGAUGAUUGCACUACGGGAAAAUAUGAAGAGGAAGGAAACGUGGGGGAUUGUGAUGGCUUAUCAGGAACAUCUUUUGGUUUGUAGGCAUUGGUGA